AUGACCUCAGCUGGAGCGUAUCUGAUUCUACGAGAUCUAUGGAAAGAUGAACUCAAAAUUACAAACAGGGCCAACGGAAUUACUGUUACCGUACCAAUUGAAGGUGGAUUCCGAGGUUUAUAUAAUUUACCUUUAGGUGAAUAUACCAUUGAAAAUCAUGGUGCAGAACUCAAGGUCAACUUGACGGAAGAUGCACCGAUUCAAGUCUGGCAACUGGAUAGCACAGCAGGAACGUGGACAGAAACAAAACAGGAGGAUGAUGAUUUCGGUUAUCAUGAUUUGGCGAGAUCAGGAGCAAUGAAUAGCAAACUAUUGAAUGCGAAACAAGCAGUGCCAAACUUAUUCAAUGAUUCGUCGUAA